AGAGUCAAAUGUGGGAGUUGACCUGGAUUAAACAGCAGCUGACUUUAACUCCACCAAACUAAAUGUUCUGCUGGCUCUGCACACUGAAAACAGUCAUUUUACUGCAGUGACAUGGAGCAAAGACAGCAAGGACUCCUGGGACAAGAGCCAGUCCAGGAAGUGGAGGAAGACAAUACCAUAAUGGAAGAAGAUAGAGAGGAAAUGCAAAACGAGCUGACCAAGUUGGAGGAAGAAAUUGUCACAUUGAAACAAGUGCUGGCCUCCAAAGAGAAGCAUCAUGCUGAGCUGAAGCACAGGCUGGGCAUGUCGACGUUAAGUGAGCUGAAACAGAACCUAAGCAGGAGCUGGAACGACGUUCAGUCAAGCACAGUAUAUAAAAAGACCUCAGAGACCCUGAGCACAGCAGGCAGUAAGACCACAUCGGCCAUCAGCAACCUGGGCACGGCCAUCAGCAGAAAGUUUGGGGAUAUGAGGAACUCACAGAGCUUUAAGUCCUUUGAGGAGAAGGUUGAAACCACGGUUUCGAACAUUAAGACGAAGGUCGGAGGGAGUGCUAGUGGAGGAAGUUUCGAGGACGUGCUCUCAUCAGCAGCUCAGGCCAGCGCUCAGAACAACGGCCCCACAGCCUCCGCUAACGACCUGAGAGAAAACAACCAGUGCUAAUGAGACCAGACCAGAUUUGCUAAGAAAUGUACAGACUUCUAGAUGACUGGAGAUGGAGCUCUGGUGCCCCUCUGUGGCCAGGAGAAUACACCACCUUUAUAGGAAAGAGAACUUUAAAGUUAAGAAUGAAGUACUAACCAUGACCAAACUUUUCACUUAGGCUGUGUUCUAAUAUGCCCGAACCAGUUUACCUUGGGAUAACUUCCACUGCUUAAUAGCCAAUUGAGAUAUGUUAGAAAUCCAUUUAAAGGCCCACGGGAACGACCAAAAUUUACCUGGAAGGCAUCAGGAUCUGAUGCAUUUUCCUUGUUGAAACCUUAAGCAAAUGGUGGUCAAAAGUGAUGAUUCAAAAAAAGAGCAUUAAAAUGGGCAAAAUUUCCAAAAUAUAAUAUUUGAUCUGGAUAUCGAUGCUUGACACCAGCCUUUUGUUUAGUUUUAAUAACUUCGUAGGUUUUCUAUAAGCUCGUACUGUACGUCUGGUUUCCAGCUCAUUGCAUUAAGAUCCUUAGAUUAAAAACUCUUUUUUUUUAUUAUUUAUGUUUUUUAACUAGCCUGUAAAUCUACGCUUUUGGUUAGCACGUUUGGCUCGCACCUCCAGGGUUGUGGGUUCGAUUCCUACCUCCGCCCUGUGUGCACGGAGCUUGCGUGUUCUCCCCGUGCUUCGGGGGUUUCCUCCCCCAGUCCAAAGCCAUGCAUUGUAGGCAGAUUGGCAUUUCCAAAUUGUCCAAAGAGUGUGAAUGUUUGUGCAAUUGUGCCUGCGAUGGGUUAGCACCCCAUCCAGGGCGUCCCCUGUGUAACAAAAUGGCUGUUCAAAACUAUUCAAAGUCCAAUUGGCAGUAAAAGCAACCCAAUACAACCUCAGUACAACCUACUGAGCUUUCAGCUGGAGAAAGGUUAAGGCAUUUUGUCUGUGAUGAGUUGAUUGUUCCUCUGGUGUAUAAAACAAAAUAAAAAAAAUCUUAUAACA